CCCUCUCACCACUUCUCUCCUCCUCCCACCCUGAGCUCAUCAUCGCAGUGGACCAGCCCUCAGUGGAUGAGAAUAAACGGAGAAACCCCUUAAAACAUAGUGCGUACUUAAAAGUCACCUAGAAGGCGAUUUUACCUCAUGAAUGUUACGCUUUUGCGAAUGGAAAUGUGAACGCGCGUAUUCGACACUUUUCCACACGAAACCGCGCGCGCUGAUUUAAGAUCACACCGGCUGGGAUUUGCUCAUCUUCUACACAUCAAUGGGAGGACAGUGCUGAACAAUGUUUAACUACAGACGACUCUGCACUCAUUAACAAAGUUUCCAAGAAAUCCACAGGCGCACUGGAAGAUUUCCUCCUGCUUUUACCGUUUCCUCAGCACAGUGACAGAGAGAGAAAGAGAGAGAGAGAUCAUGGUGCUUUAUGAGAGAGCAGAAACAAACUUUCAGUCCUGUAAAUUUGGUGAAUCGCACUGACCUGUGAUAAUCCACGCGCCGUGUCUUGUGAGUUUUGCCGCCACAUUCACCAAUAACGGAUUUUAAUCGUUACAACGGCACGAUUAACGGUGGAUUAUGAGGCCAGUCGACGACAUCACCUGUGAGUCUUAAGUCCUUUGCAUCAGUUUUAAGGAUGAAAGAUUUCUGCAUGGGGCCGUUAAGGCUCGCUGUUUUAGUUCUGCUGAGCGGCAUGUCAUUCGGAGUCGUCGAACUGGAGCCCGUCCCACAGAAGCAACAUCAAACUCUCAGUCCCCGUUCGCCUUUACAGAAUAUCACCCUGGCUGUCAUUUUGCCGCUACACAACACGGAGUAUCCCUGGGCAUGGCCACGGGUGGGCCCCGCCUUGCUUUGGGCUCUUGAGAAGGUGAACUCUGACCCCAACCUGCUGCCUGGUUACCACCUACAGAUGGUCUUUAACAGCAGUGAAAACAAGGAUGGAGUGUGCUCAGACUCUGUGGCUCCUCUCGUGGCCGUGGACCUACAGUUCUCGUACAACCCCUGGGCUUUCAUUGGACCUGGUUGCGACUACGCUUCCUCACCCGUAGCCCGUUUCACCACACACUGGGAUGUUCCCAUGAUCACUGCUGGGGCGAGAGCAAUGGGCUUUAAUAUGUACUCUUCUAUCACCAACGUCGGCCCCACACACAAGAAACUUGGCGAUUUUGUGGUUAGGAUGCACCGACACUUCGGAUGGCACAAACAUGCCAUGCUUAUGUAUUCCGAUAAUAAGAAAGAUGACCGGCCAUGCUACUUUGCCGUGGAGGGACCGUACUCAGAGAUGCCCAACGAGAACAUCACGUCGGAUGACAUGGUGUUUAAUGAGGACGCGGAACCAGUCCAAUAUGAAACACUUGUCAAGGAUAUCAGCGAGAAAGCCCGUGUGGUGUACGUCUGCUGCAAAUGGGAGACGUUUCGUAAGCUGAUGGUGGCGUCCAGAAAAUGGGGUCUUCCUAAGGAGGAAUAUGCAUUUUUCUUCAUUGAUCUUUUUGGACACAGUCUGCAAAGCCGUCCUGCUAAACCAUGGGCACGUGGAGAUGCUGAUGACAAUGCAGCCAAAGAGGCAUUUAAAAGCGUGAAGAUCUUGACUUACAGAGAACCUCAGAAUCCCGAGUACAAAGACUUCGUGUCCAGGCUGAAGACAGACGCAAUGGACUUGUUUAACUUCAGCGUGGAGGAUUCUCUGAUGAAUCUGAUUUCUGGAGCAUUCCAUGAUGGCGUCAUGUUGUACUCUAAUGCCCUAAACGAGACUCUGGAUCAGUCGGGCACACGGCCCCCGGGGGAUAUGGUCACUAAGAAGAUGUGGAAUCGCACCUACCACGGGGUCACCGGAGUCGUCCAGUUGGAUGAGACUGGUGAUCGGGAAAUAGAUUUUGCACUAUGGGACAUGACCGACACAGAUUCAGGAGUUUAUCAGAUUGUGUCCGUGUAUAAUAGCAGUCAAAAGCAGAUGAUUCCAGUGCCAGGGAUGAAAGUGCACUGGCUAAAGGGAAGCCCACCUCCAGAUAUCCCACUGUGUGGCUUUAAGAAUGACAACCCCGCCUGCCUGGCAAAGACGGUCACCAUGCACCAGAUGGUCUCAAUAGUGGUGUGCUUCAUUUUUAUCAUCAUCGUGACAGUCACAGUUUUCAUCUACAGGAAACUGAAGCUGGAGAACGAGCUGGCCGCUCAGCUGUGGCGGGUACAUUGGGAGGACAUACAGAUGAGUAACAUAGAAAAGAGCCUGCGUAGAGCCUGCAGCAGACUCACCAUGUCGUUGAGGGGCUCGAACUAUGGCUCACUGCUGACCAUGGAAGGAAACUUUCAGAUCUACGCAAAAACCGGCUACUAUAAGGGAAACAUAACGGCCAUUAAGUAUGUCAACAAGAAACGCAUCGAGCUCACCAGGAAAGUGCUGUUUGAACUCAAACACAUGCGUGACGUUCAGAACGAGCACCUGACGCGCUUCAUAGGCUCCUGCAUAGACCCACCCAACAUCUGCAUCCUGACUGAGUACUGCCCACGGGGAAGCCUACAGGAUCUUAUGGAAAGUGAGGGAAUCAAUCUUGACUGGAUGUUUCGGUAUUCUCUGAUCAAUGACAUUGUUAAGGGAAUGGCGUUCCUUCACAACAGUGUCAUCAUUUCCCACGGCAACCUGAAGUCUUCCAACUGCGUGGUAGACAGCCGCUUUGUGCUAAAGAUUACGGAUUACGGUCUGGAAAGUUUCCGCAAAGAAAGCUACUUGGAGGACACAUACGCCUACUACGCACGUAAGCUGUGGACGGCCCCUGAGCUUCUUCGUGCUGAAAGCCCACCUCCAUGUGGAACACAAAAGGGAGACGUGUACAGUUUUGGCAUUAUCCUGCAGGAACUCGCCCUACUAAAGGGCGUCUUUUACCUUGAGGAACCUUCUCAAAGCCCCAAAGAGAUUAUUGAGCGCGUAGCAGAGGGCCAGUGGCCGUACCUGCGCCCGAUGCUGUGUCCCCAGAGCCACAGCGAAGAGAUGGGUCAGCUGAUGCAGCGAUGCUGGUCAGAAGAUGUCAAUGAGAGACCGGAAUUCAACCAGAUUAAAGUUCUGCUCCGAAAGAACAACCGUGGGUAUGGAUCUAACAUCCUGGAUAACCUCCUGUCUCGUAUGGAGCAGUACGCCAAUAACCUGGAGGAGCUGGUGGAGGAGAGGACGCAGGCGUACCAUGAAGAGAAACGUAAAGCUGAAGCUCUGCUCUAUCAGAUUCUCCCACAUUCAGUGGCGGAGCAGCUCAAGCGGGGUGAGAUGGUCCAGGCUGAAGCCUUUGACUCGGUCACCAUCUAUUUCAGUGACAUUGUGGGCUUCACUGCAUUGUCAGCCGAGAGCACGCCGAUGCAGGUGGUGACGCUGCUCAAUGAUCUCUACACUUGCUUUGACGCAAUCAUCGACAAUUUUGACGUCUACAAGGUGGAGACCAUCGGUGAUGCAUACAUGGUGGUGUCCGGUCUCCCUGUGAGGAACGGUAAACUUCACGCUCGCGAGAUCGCCCGAAUGUCUCUGGCUUUGCUUGAAGCAGUUCACUCCUUCCGGAUCCGUCACCGGCCCAACCAGCAGCUCCGCCUGCGUAUCGGCAUCCACAGCGGCCCUGUGUGUGCAGGGGUGGUCGGUCUGAAGAUGCCUCGGUAUUGUUUGUUUGGCGAUACAGUCAACACAGCUUCACGUAUGGAGUCUAAUGGUGAAGCUUUGAAGAUCCAUGUGUCAGAGGCCACACGGGCCGUACUAGAGGAAUUAAACUGCUUCCAGCUGGAGCUCCGGGGGGAUGUGGAGAUGAAGGGCAAAGGAAGGAUGAGGACAUACUGGCUACUCGGAGAGAUCACCUCUAACAAUGACUGAAAAACUAAAUAACAAGGAGCAAAGCUCCCAUGAGAGGAGCGAACAAAACAAAAACAUCUAAACAGAGUUUAAGAACAGUAUGGAGACAUCGACCUCGACUCGCCAGGGCAAAGGUGAAAUAAGGAAAAUCUGAGACUCUUACAUGGCGUUUCUGAACUGAGUCUUUUCCAUCUUCUGGUUUUUGACUAGUGGGAAUCUCACUAUGACUUUGCCAAGUAUACACAAGACAAAACCUACACUUGAGCAGAUUAAUGACUGUUUAAAUGAACAUCACAUCAGUCUUGUAUCUGAUGUGCGGUCUCAGAGUUUAAAAUUUUGAAUUUAGUUGUGUUGCUAUCAUUGGCAUGAUGGUUUGAGUUUCGAAAGCCAGUCAUCAGGAGUAGAUUUGAUCUGUGUUUGAUUUUGUUGUUUAUUUUAUUGAUCACGCAGAGACACAGUGCUGUAGUUCCUUUCAUUUUUAGCCAUGCCAAAUGUUUGGAUAGCUCUGGGAUACAGGUGAAGUUAAACCUCAUCAGCUGCAUCUGCCAGUCUGGAUCUACUUUUAUUAGAGGAAGCACAGGUGAAGAUCAUGUACAUUACAAAUAUAUACUAAUAAACAGGACCAUGUCUGUGAAAUCCAGGCUAAAGUCUUAUAAUCUAGAGAUUAGGAGCAUAAACGUUUGACUUGGAUCUUUGACAUAACCUUAAUAUAUCUCAAUAUCAAGGUUAUAUUUUCACAGAAUGUUCUUUACAUUAUGUAGGAUGAGUUUAUUUAGAAAACCAAAAAAUGCCUUCAGUUGGGGUUUCACAGGCAGAAUCUUAAAUGUCAAAUAUAAUUAAAAAGGCAAACAAAUGUGCAAGGAAAAGGUGAUGGUGGAUUUUGGUCUUGAAAGAAGCACAAAGGUUACCUUGCAAGUACAAGAUAUGCUUGGUGUUCAUGUAAAAGCUGGAUUUGCCUUCCUUUUAAUGACAUCAUAACACAUCAUUCACAAUACAUUUAACUUGUAUAAUGUGAUAUUCAGUGGUCCUAAAUGUAUUUUGAGUCUUGGGUUACAUUUAAAAUAUAUAAAUGCAUUAAAUUAAAAAAAAUAUACUAAACCAAGUAGCAUCUUAAAACAAAUGAAGAUACACUGAAAAAAAUAAAGGCUGAAUUUACUAAAAAAUAUAGUGCAUAAUUUUUGCACUAAAGUAAGUAUUAAAGGACAUUUUAAGCAAUUUAUGCAAUUUCUUAAAAUUUCAAGUAAAACUUACUUAAAAAAGUGGAUGCAAAAAUGAUGCACAAUAUUUUUAAAGGUGCAGUGUGUAAUUUUAAGAAAGAUCUCUUGACAGAAAUGCAAAAUAAUAUACAAAACUAUAUUAUCAGGGGUGUAUAAGACCUUUUUAUAAUGAACCAUUAUGCUUUUGUAACCUUAGAAUGAGACAUUUUUAUCUACAUACACGAGGGUCCCCUUACGUGAAAGUCGCCAUUUUAUGCCGCCAUGUUUCUACAGAAGCCCUUAACGGACAAACUUUUUACCUAAGUUGUCUCUGAUAAUGACAUGUUUUUCCGGUGGUGGCUACCGUAGCUUCUCUAUGCGUUUCAAAAGUGAGGGGUAAGCAGUGGACUGAGCCCUUGGUUGCAAUUCGCAACCUCACCACUAGAUGCCACUAAAAUUUACACACUGCACCUUUAAGUAAAUUCAGCAUAUUAUUUUUUUACAGUAUAUACUGUAGGUCUUUACUUGUGUCAUUUUUGCUGUUACUUUCAAGCAACUUGUCUCAGUGUAUUUAAAGUGUCCAAGCAGACCCUGUUUUAUAGUUGAGUGUCCAGAUAGUUUUUUUAUAAAUUACUCAAAAAUGCUGGGGUAUUUUUAAUCCAGCGUCGGGUCGGAAAGGGACGAACUCAGCCCAUUGGGUUGUUGUUCAGAUUAUGCUGGGUUGUUUUAACCUAAAAUGCUAGGUGGAUGUUUAAUCCAUUGUUGGGUUAAAUAUAAUCAUUUUCUGGGUUAAUUGAAAACAACCCAGCAUUUUUUUUUUUUGAGUGUAAGUGUAACCUAAACACCUUCUUUUUGUGAAAUUUUGUGUUUAAGAAGUGUGCAUGUGCUUACUAUAAAAUAGAAAUGUGAAUUGUUUAAUACAUUGUUAAUACAUUGGUUUAAUAACUUUAUACUGCAAAAAAAUGGCUUUCAUAUUUAGUAUAAUUGUCUUGUUUUCGGUACAACAUUUCAGACAAAAAAUACAAUUUAAAUGAAUUUGUACUUAAAACAAGCAAAAAAAAUUACUUAAUGGUGUAAAAAAAAAAAUUUGAUUUUUUUUUCUUGAAUUAAGUGUUUAAGAAAAAAGUUCAAGGUUGUUUUAAGCACAAUUUCACUUAAAUAAAAAAAAACUAGCCUUUAUUUUUUUAGGUCAUUUUGCUCAUCAAGAAAAUGCAUUUUUAUUUAAGAAUUUUUUUAUAUUUGUACUGAAAACAAGACAAAAGUACUAAGUAUGAAAGUCAUUUUUGCAGUGUAUUUUAAGUGCCGUUAUCGUUCACAAAUGCUAUUUAGGGCCACUGUAUUUCUCAGUGAAACUGAAUAUUCAUCAAGAAGUGGGAUAAAGGGAUGUUUCUGGUUAGGAGUAUUUCUACUGGCCACACUGCCUUUGUUAUAGACAACAAAAACUACAAAAGUGGAGUAAUUAAAUAUUAAAGAUAAUGAGAACAAACCUUUAUGCAGAAUGGUAUGCAUAAUAGGGUUAUUUUUGGUAUCAUGUUGUCUUCUUUAGUAAGGUGUGAAUAAGCACGAUAGCAGUUUUUGAUUCAGAUCAAUAGACACAUGAGUAUAAAUGUGAGGUCCAGUUUUGUGCUAGCUUUCCUAUUCCAACAACAUCUACACAUCAUCCUGCCAGAUCCUUGCCAGUUCACAGUUUUUCAAAAAUCUGUCAAAUCAUUGAAAACCAGCCAGUAUGAAGGAAAUGCCAGGUUCUGAUCGAUUUGUUGCUUCCCUAUACAUUAUGCAGCCAUACCAUUUUAUGUCUGAGCUGAGGUAACAAGCAGUUUUGCAAUGACACCUGCUGUGUCAUCAAGUCUCAGACAAAAUCUGUCUCGAAUCAUAGCUGUUAUUCAAUAUAAGCUCUUGGAUCCAUUUCUUGUGCGGAUGCUGCAUACACUUCAUCGUAACAGUAAACUGUUCAUUUUUGUUUACAUCAAUCUUCUGAUAAUAUUAAAAGCUUCACAAUUCACAACGCUAUAUUUUUUAAAUAAAAAUGAAUGUAUAUUUCACUUAGUUGUAAAUAAAUGACUUUGUUUUUCCUCGUCACGUAUUCACACCAGUAUGAUGAUGUUGUGACAUCUGUCAGUCAAACUGUAGCAAUGAUGACUGGCAUCCUGUGUUAUGAGAUCUUGAUUGAUAAUAUUAGAUCUUUACAGUCUUUUAUUUGCUUUCCUAUUUGGGAGGGUUUGAGUUACGAUUGCAUUGUGGUAUUUGUCUUAUCUGUGUUAUUUGGAUAGCUGCUGGGUCUGUGGCUGAUAUUGUUAUAUAUUAUUACAAAGUCUUCAAUUGCAUUUUGAGAAGAUUGUGUUUUGUUAUUGUUAGGGUGGGUGGGACAGAUUAUGUAAAAUAAACAAUAACUUAUAAAUA